GAAAGAAAGAUCAAAAGUUUUUCGUUUAGUUGAGCAAUUUUACACACAUGAAAGAGAAAAGUCUCACCAUUGAGUCUAGGAGAAAUUGGGUGAAAGAAGGAAUGUUAAAAUCAGUAGGGGACGGAAGUGAUACUUUGUUCUGGCAUAACAUCUGGGUUGGGGAGAUGCCACUUAAGGAGAAAUACAAUAGAUUAUUUGGGAUCUCUUUAGAUAAGGAGGCUGUCAUUGCAAAAAUGGGUAAUUGGAAUCAAGGGGUGUGGGAAUGGACAUGGAAGUGGAGACGAAAUCUUUUUGCUUGGGAAAAUGAACUUUUGCAGGAAUUAAUCAAGGAACUACAAACAAUCUCGCUAAAACAAGGACAGCAGGAUGCAUGGACUUGGAAAUAUAACCAGGAAGGCAAGUACACAGUGAAGACAACAUACAAACAUUUAUGUCAACAACACACUAUAGGUUCUACUUCUGGCCAAAGAAUCCCAACAAAGGACAACUUGAAAAGUCGGGGACUGAAAGGCCAAGAUGAUGACAAAUGUGUGCUAUGUGGAGUAGAAGUAGAGAGCGUGGAACAUCUUUUUUUCAAAUGUGAGGUUUCAUGGAGCAUAUGGGCCUCAUGCUAUGACUGGUGGAACCUCAAAACAGUUGGCCAAGGUAAAGGAUGGAUACAUAUUGAGCAGCACACUGGCUUGGUAUCCAGAGGACUCAUGAAGGAAAUGUGGAUAGUAAUCUGGUUUGCAACUAUUUGGUCCAUUUGGCUGUGGCGUAAUCAGAAAAUAUUCAAAGAUGAAGCCGACAGUUGGGAGCGGGUUCUUGAGCUAAUAAAGUUCAGGUCGUUUUACUGGUGCAAAACAACAUUAUGCCCAGAUCUUGUGCAAGACAAAUGGCGCUCCAAACCAAAAGAAGGACACAAGAGAUUGCAGCAAUGAGUUUGAGACUGACCACCAUGUAAUGGACCAUGGAAAGAGGUUACUUGCUGGUAGAAGUAAAGAUGGAUACCUACCUCCUAAAAGGCAAGUAAAUGGUUGUCAAGCCGGUGGCUGAUUACAAUCCGUGUUGCCCGGCAUGUGUAUGGGAUCUUUAACUGUGAAAGCCUUUAUGAAUUUGUAGUGUAAUGGGUUUGGAGUACCCCCUGUACUCCAUUAAUUCAAUAAAUUUUAUUUGCUGAU